AUGAGCCCAACACUUCAGCGUCGAUAUUUGGAUCAAUUACCAGUAAUGCCGGAUACUCUUCCUUCCGUUGCGGCAGAGCAAGGCAAACAGCAGCAGCAGGCUAUCCACUACGAUCUUGCCCUUCGCAGCAGCGGUCUUCCGCCUCCGCCUACUUCUACUUCUCCUUCAUCUCCUCCGUCAUCCUCCAAUACCAGACCACCAUCCCUCCAACGAGCAGCUGCUAUUCGCAUCCCCUCACCUGCACGUACAAAUACACGUAUACCCACACCUACAUCUACACCUACACGCACACCAGACACCCACCUCGCACCACCCCCCUCCCAACCCAGCACCCUCUCCUCCUCCUUCUCCUCUUCCCAACCGAGCUCCCCAACCCGCUCCCCGGGCCUCUCCACCCGUCGCAGCAAUACCCCUUCACCCCGUAGACGUCCGCGCCCAAGGCUGGGAAAGAAAACCGUCACUACACUACCACCACGGGCGGGCAUCGACACCGGCACCGCCCAUGUAGAUGGGUACACAGAUAGCGGAUGCGGGUUCCAAGAUCUCAAGCCGCAGCUCCCUCGCCGGGCCAUCAGCGCGCGUGUCGGUGUUGCACGGCGGGGGAGUUGGAUUCCGGGUAAUGGACUGGGAAGAAGGGGGCGGCGGAGUCGAAGUGUCGGUGGGACAUGGACGGGGCGGAGGGAUGGUUGGGAAGGGGGAUCGGGAUUGUUAUUGACCAGCACUGUCUUUCCGGGGCCGUCGACACGUCUCGGGGCAUCCUUGAAGGAGACUAGGAGACGGAAACGACAAGGCGGAUCAAGUGGGACGGGGAAUGAGAGGAAGAGCGCUGGGAAUGGAGAGAAAGGGCGGAGUACUUGGAACGAGGAAGGGACUGGGGUGUGGACGACACCGAGGGAGGCAUCGGAGCGUAUGGUCAAGAGGUGGGAAACGGUUGUGAGAUUCGUUGUUGAGGGGUUGGAUUCGGAUUCGGAUAGUGGUGGUGAGCCUGAGUUCAGGACGGUUGGGCAUGAUGGGGUAGUUGUUGGUGCGGGGGAUGGGGAUGCUGGUGAGAGUGCGUCGUCGACCGCGACGACAGUCAUUCAUAGCUUGCCGUCGAGGGCCACGGCUUCUUCGUUUUCUGAUAAGAUCCGGGUGAGGGAAACGCUUAAACAGCGUCGGGUGCAGAGGCUGGACACACUGAGGGCGACGACGAAGACGACAGUCAAGGCUCGGGGGGUAGACUUCCAAUUGAGGGAUCUGCCGGAUACGCCUGGAUCGGUGGUGAGUACGCCGCGUGAGCUGUAUGGAGGUCUGGAACCCGGGCCGCGACGGUUAUGGCAGCCAACAUCGGAGAUGACGAUGACCCCGACGACAGUGAGACAGAAGGGAAACGGAAAGGGAAAGUCAAAGCAAAGGAAGAGGACUGCAGCGCCGCCACGGGUACCCAGAAGACCAAACGUACGUCUCCCACCGCUCCCGUGGGGCGUACGCAUGUGGGAUAUGGGAACCAUCAACGAGGAUUCCGUUCCCCCUCCCCUUGACCAACGUCGUCGCAUCUACAUUCCCGCUCCCGUCCGUCUGUGCGAUGUAGGCGCUCUCCCGCCUGCCAUCGAUAGGGUCUAUCGCAAGGGUUGGGUCGCUACCCUCGAGCCGUUCGGCGAUGCCAUGGAAGACGUGGGCAAGGUUUCGGAGAGUCGGAGAGCGUCGGAUGAUGCUGUGCUGGAUGAUAUUGCGGACUACUUCUCUGGAUUCGCAGGGGCUGCGAUGCCGGAUGUCUCUGGGCCGGACAUACUGGAUCGGUUUUGGAGGUUGGAAUCGGAGUGGGCAGAGGGGGAGGUAGCGGAUGAAGCUGAAGGAGGAGAUAUGGGUUCGCGAAAGCGUUCGGAUGGAGAAACGGUUGUGGGUGCGGUGGAAGGAAGGUUGGUACCGGGGCACUUGAGGGCGGAGAGUGAACCGCCGUUGACGCCGGGGAGGGCGAGAGAAAGGGGAAGAGGGAGAGGCAGGAUCAGGGAGCUGUUGAGAUUCUCUAGAUGA